UCUAUGAUGAAUCUGAUUUCUUUACUGUUAUAGUAAAGAAAUUAGAUUCAACAUCGGCUGUCUGUUCUAAGCGAUCAAAAAGAGAAGACUUUAGUAAAAAGUUUAGUCAUCAGCAAAAAGAGCUACUUUUGAUGUUAGUUUGUCGGGAAGAUUAUUAGUAUAGAUAAGAAACAAAACAGGACCAAGGAUAGAACCUUGAGGUACCCCAAAAGUUACUGGAAAUGAAGAAGAGUGUUGGCUUAAAUAAAGAAGAAUGACUUGAAUAAAGUGGUUAAAAAAAAUGAUUUUAUAAUCUCAAAAAUUUUACCAGAUACACUAUAUAAACCAAAUUUUGAAAAAAAGUGGACCAGUACUAUCUUGGUUAUCAUAUAGCUAAAACUAAUUAAGAUUUCUUAAUUAUCAUAUUACUUGCAUGGCUCUUAAGAUUUUGUUUUAUGCAGUUGAAUUAGUAUUACUUACUCUGUAGUAAGCGAAGUGCAUUUUUAUAUGCAACACAUAGAUGGUGGAAUGAGUCUUUCAAAGGAAGUACUAUAACUGGCAUUCAUAAAUUGAACUGCAAAAGAUGCAAAACUGUGCUAAACUCUUUAAGAACUGCAUCAAAAAUAUAAAAGAUGUGGUAGGAAAGCAGCCAGUUUCUUUUGUUAGGGGAUAUUCUCCAAAACGAUCACUUUUAUAUGUACCUGGUGACUCAAAAAAAAAGAUAGCCAAAGCGUCAACAUUACCCGCUGACAUUGUAGUUUUAGAUUGUGAAGAUGCAGUUGCUUUUUCAAAGAAGAAUGAUUGUCGCCUUACUAUCUAUGAAAGUCUAAAGUCAAUUGAUUUCCAAAAUCAAGUUGGAGUGCGAAUCAAUUCAUUGGAUACAGAGUUUGCAAAAGAUGAUUUAGAAUGUGUAUUAAGUUCGAAUCGUUUGCCAGAUAGUUUAAUGGUUCCUAAAAUAGAAUCAGUUGGUCAACUUAAAUGGUUCAAAAAUGAAUCAAGUAAGCAUUUAUUAUCAUCAGGCCACUCCUCGCAUAAACUUUCAAUUAUUGGUCAAGUUGAAACAGCAAAGGGUAUGCUCAAUCUUCGUUCCAUUCUUGAUGAAGCAACAAAAGAACAUUCUAACAUUUGUUUUGAAGCAUUUGUUUUUGGAUCAGAUGACUAUCUAGCCAGUAUAGGUGCUGUUCGAACAAUAAAUGCAUCUGAACUCUUGUUUGCAAGACAAUAUUUCAUAAUGCAUGUGAAAGGAUAUAAUUUGCAAGCAAUUGAUAUGGUCGACAUUAAUUUCAAUGAUUUAGAAAAUUUGAAAAAGCAAAGCGAAGAAGGUGCAAAAAUGGGUUUUACAGGUAAGCAAGUUAUCCAUCCAUCUCAAAUCAAUAUUGUUAACCAAUGCUUUUCACCAAGCAGUGAGCAAAUUGAAACAGCAAAGGAACUUAUAAAUGCUUUCAAUGAACAGCAAAAAACUGGACAAGGUGUGUUCACUUUUCGAGGUUUAAUGAUUGACAUGCCAUCAGUGAAGCAAGCUCAAAAUAUAAUAGCAUUAUCAAAGAAGUUGACAUGAUAAAUUAAAAAAGAGAGCAGUUAUCACGAUUAUAACAAACAAAAGCGAACUAAAUUUAUAUCUCAAACUUUUUAUAUUUAAAAUUUUAUUGUACAUAAUAUUUAUUAAAAGUAAAUUCGUUAACAGUUUUCGUACGUA